AUGAGUCUCAAAUAUGGAUUCGGUGGUGCUACCACCGCUUUGACAGUGGUUGGAGCUUAUAUGCUGUUUACCGGUGAUGGAGAAGCCUUCAACGUCGGACAAUUCCUCGAGGAUGUAUCGCCGUACGCUUGGGCUGAUAUGGGCAUUGGCUUGUGCAUAGGAUUGUCUGUCGUGGGAGCAGCAUGGUAA